AUGAAUUUAGAAGUUGUUUGGUGCUGCUCAAAACUCUUAUUUUAUUGUGAUCAUCUCUAUUAUAUGCUUGUCGAAUAA